AUGAAGAGAUGCACGCACUGGAAACCGGGUACAUGCUGCGACGAAGAGGUGGAAAAUAUACGCCUCGACGAAGUGAGACAUCGAAAUGAGACAUGCAAGGACGAACUAGGUAGACACCUCGACAAAAUGAGACAUCGAAGUGAGACAUGUAACGACGCCUCGACGAAGUGAGACAUCGAAAUGAGUCAUGCAACGACGAAUUAGGUAGACGCCUCGACGAAAUGAGACGUCGAAGUGAGACAUGUAACAACGAAUUAGUUAGACGCCACAACGAAGUGGAGAAACGACAAGCUGACACGUCCAAAUAAACGACAAAACGAUGGUUGACAUGACAAAAUGAACAUUUUGUCCACAAACUGACGCCAUACGAAACACUAUGGCUUUACCUGAGACCUCACAAACUGUUCCGAGGAUUUUCAUGUUUGGUUGUCUGUGUGGUUUACCAUCCAGCGACAACAACACACUAAUCGAACACCUUACCAUAAAGCUUGAUGUGGCCGUCUCCAUGUACCCAAAUGCUGGCAUAUUAGUUGGGGAUUUUAAUAAAUGUCCAGUUUCCACAAUACUCAGACAUUUUACUUUAAAACAGAUUGUUAAACAACCUACGAGAGGGAAUGCUAUUUUGGAUUUAAUUUUGACAAACAUGUCAGACUAUUGUAACAUCCCCUUGGUAAUCCCACCAGUUGGGUGCAGCGACCACAAUUCAGUGUUAUGCUCAUAUAAGAAAGGUUCAACUAAAAACACCCACACAAAAGUAAAAAUCAGACAGGGAAAUAAUGCUGCAAAAACUGCUUUUGGAAAGUGGUUAACCGAUUUUAAUUGGACCAUUUUAUACCGCACUAUUUCUUGUGAACAAAAAUUAAACCUUUUCCAAGACACCAUAAAUGACGGAUUGGAUUGUUUCCUUCCGAUAAAAACUGUAAAAUUACAAGAUAACGACAAACCUUGGGUUACUCCUGAAUUUAAGAAAAUUAUCGGAAAUAGACAAAAGGCAUUCCAUCAUGGAAAAGGUCCACAUUAUCAGCAGUUACGAAAUCAGGUAAACAGAGAAACUAAGAAGCUCAGAUCCACAUUUCUUGAGAAAAAGUUGGAACAGUUAAAGCUAAACCGUAACCCAAAAAAGUGGUGGCAAUCAAUAAAACAGUUAUCAGGAUAUCCUAAGAAGAAAUUCCUUUCAACUUUUGUCGUGGGAAAUCAGGUGAUGUCAGGAAAAGCCCUGGCCGAAAAUAUUAAUGACGCUUUUGUUUCAGUUACCAAAACCGCUUUUGUUUCAGUUACCUUUAAAUUGUCUUCAUAUCGACAUUUUAUCAAAACACAGCCUUUAUGACAUUCUACCAGAGUUUAUCAUUAAAGAAGAAGAGGUAUACCAUAAAUUAUCCAUUAUAUCAACUGCUAAAUCUCCUGGUCCAGAUGGAAUACCAAACUGGGUUCUGAAGUUCUACGCUUAUGUACUUGCUUCCCCUGUUGCAUCAAUUUUUAAUGCUUCCAUCCAACAAGCGACUGUUCCGACCAUGUGGAAAAAAGCCAAUACCAUCCCAAUUCCAAAGAUAGCUUCGCUUGAGGACAUCACCAAAGAUCUUCCCCCCAUUUCGCUUACACCUACCCUGUCUAAAACCUGUGAACAGUUUGUUACCGAUUGGCUACUAGAGUAUAUUAAGGAAAAGAUUGAUAGACGACAAUUUGGUUCUUUAAAAAAUUCCUGGACAACCCAUGCCCUAUUAAGCUUCGUUCAUUACCUGUUAUAUGAAACUGAUACAUCAAAAACCGCUGUAAGGGUUUUUUGCUCGAUUUUUCGAAAGCUUUCGAUGUUAUAGAUCACAAAAUCCUACUGUACAAGUUAUAUGAAUUGAAGGUACCAUCGAAAUUACAAAUUGGAUUUGAAGUUUCUUUUUUGAAUGCAAACAACACGUCAAGAUAGCUAACUGUGUAUCAAAUUGGCAAACUUUAAACGGAGGUGUGCCACAAGGAACAGUUCUUGGGCCAAUACUUUUUCUCGUUAUGAUAAACGACCUUCUCAUAGACUGGAAUAACAGAUGGAAAUACGUCGAUGAUAGUACUAUCACUGAAAGUAUUACACCGGAUAUUAAUAGCAUUCUCCAAGAACUUGUGGAUACUAUUUACAAUUGGACCAUCGUUAACAAUAUGAAACUGAACAUCAGUAAAUCAAAGAAUUGAUAAUAGACUUUGCAAAAGAUAAACAGGAAUUCCCACCUUUAAUUAUAAAUGGCGUUGCUGUAGACCGUGUAUCAUCAGCUCGGGUUCUGGGACUAAUUGUUCAGGAUAAUAUGAAUUGGAACGAACACGUAAACAAUGUUGUCAAAAAAGCAGGAAAAAGACUCUACAUGCUUCGAGUGCUGAAACGAUCAAACGCGGAUACAAACACGUUAAUCACUGUGUACACCACUAUUAUUAGACCUGUCCUUGAAUACGCCUGCCAAGUCUGGCAUUAUAACAUCCAAGAGUAUUUGAGUGAAGACAUUGAAAAGAUUCAGCGGCAUGCUUUGCAAAUCUUGUUGCCAUUAAUGAGUUACAGAGAAGCCCGGAGUUUUACUGGUAUCCCUUUACUAAAAGCAAGGAGAGAAACAUUAUGUGAACAGUUUUUUAAAAAAGAAUGAGAAUAAUGAUAAACUAAGCGAAUUCUUGCAGCAUAAAGCAACAACAGACUAUGAUAUGCGACCAAGAUGCAAGUAUAACAAUUACUUAUGUAGAACUGAACGUUUUAGGAAAUCAUUUUUUCCUCAAAUUAUUUCCAAAGAAAACAGUAAAUAACUGAGUAGAAGUAUAGGCCUAUUGAUUUUGCUACUUUUGAACUCUUAAUAUUCUUAAUAAUGUAAUAUAAUGAUAACUUAAUACUUUUUUUAACAGUAGAUACAAAUUUUGUAAAUUUCUAAUGUCAUUUAACCUAUUGGUUACAAAAUCAGUUUUUAAAUAAAUAAAUCUGAAAUUGCAAUAAUUACAAGUCAGCGGUAUUUCAAGUGCAGUAAACUUUAUAUAGCUAAACGCAAUAAACACAUCAUUACAAAUGAUGCAUUACAAAUAAACAAAUUAUUACAAAUGGAGAUUUAUAGAUUUUAUUAAACAAGAAACUAUUAUAUAGAUAAAUAGGUAAUAUGUGCAAAGCGAAGUAACUCAUAAUUCAAUACUCAAUUUAAAAAUCAAUUUAAAAAUCAUUUAACUUAUCAUUUUUCCAUUUGUUUUAGUAACAUAGACUAUCUAUUAGGUUAAAUGUUUGUCCUGUGUUUUAUUUUAUUAUAUAUAAAAUGGUUUUUGAAGGCUUUGUCUUGUAUGACUUGCCGUAUACACCAUUUAAUAGUCUUUCGACUGAUUGAUUUCUCCUUGUCAUAGCAGACUCAAAACUUAAUCUAUCGCAUUAAGAUUUCCAGAAAUAAUAACUAAAAAUAUAGAUUAAACCAAUUAUAUCAACGCUCCCCAAGCCUAAAUACAUUAAUUUUUGACUGAAAGUUGUCACAUUUUCAGGCAGAUUCACGAGCAAGUGUAAAGCGGCCAUUCGCUCCUGAAGGCAAUACACCCGGUAAACCACUGCCAAAAGUCUCUGUCAUUGCGUAGUGCCCUCUUGCUCCUUAGAAGAGAGUUAUUUCCAUUCUGUUAUGACCCCAGCCCUUGGAUCAAAGGUAAAUCAUACAAAGUUUUACAGCACAGGUCCAUCAAAUAGUAUAUUUCAGCAUGUCCCUGCAUUUGGCAGAUAAUUGAAAAAUUCUGCCGAUAUUCAGUCAAUCUACAUGCUGAAUACAAAUUGUACAAGUCCAAAAUUGAAACAACAAAACAUUUUUUGAAAAAGUAAUAACACCAUAUCUACACAAGAAAAGCCUAGGUGGUCUGUCUCUAAUUUACAGUUGGGUUUUGUGAUAAAAUACAGUAAAAUACACGCCCUCAUCAGUUUGGAUAUGCCCUAGUCUCGUGUACAGAUUUCACUAUGUACAGCUUCUUCCAGAUUUCACUAUGUACAGCUUCUUCCAGGUUUAAAAAAUGCAACUAUAUAUAUUUAAUACUUAUUGACAUUCAAUUGAUGUUACUUAACUGGAAGAGACAACCGGAGAGGUACUAAAGUCGUUAAUUGCAAUUUAUCUGUACAGAUCACGUUUUGCAAGUGUUUAGGGAUAACCCAGAUGAUCCUGGAGAUUUUUAUCAUCUGUUAAAUAAUCACCUGUUAAAAAGAAUUAUCUUGUGUCUCUGGGAAGGGCAUAUUCCCAAUUUCGACUUGCAAUCUCUUCGAGAUGUUCUCCACGACCCUAAUACUGGUUUGACAUACGAAUCUCUCACUGGUAAGAAUAAACAAUCUGUUCCAGAUUGUGAGCGUGUCAUUUCUCUUGGGGUGAUAGAGUUUUUAGAAAAGAAUAAGUAUGUCAAUGAAGCAAAAAUCUUGUCAAUUAUCCACAACUGGCACAAAGCUGUAGACGGGCGAGGGUUAAGCGAAGAUCUACGUUCCAAGUACUUGUGUGAAAUGAAAGAUUGGAUCCUUGAUGACUGGAUGCCAUGGGACAAGACAGAAAGGAACUAUUCUCUAAUUGAUGUAAUAGGUAAAUAUUGGCAAGAGACUUUUCUUCGCAAGUAA